CAUGGUCAUUUCUACAUUUCUCACCUUCCUCAGUUUUCUCUCUCCUCGUUUCACACUCUCCUCAGAGUUAGCUACAAUGGAGAUUCGGCGUCGCAACCCUAUCGCUUUCUCUCUCCUCGUCGUACUCUCUCUCUUCGCCAUUGCUUCUGCUAAAGUCUUCUUUGAAGAACGCUUCGACGAUGGAUGGGAGAGUCGUUGGGUCAAAUCUGACUGGAAGAAGGACGAAAGCAUGGCUGGAGAAUGGAAUUAUACAUCCGGCAAAUGGAAUGGAGAUGCAAAUGACAAAGGUAUCCAAACUAGCGAGGACUACAGAUUUUACGCUAUCUCUGCUGAAUUCCCAGAAUUCAGCAACAAGGAUAAAACCCUAGUCUUCCAAUUUUCUGUUAAGCAUGAACAGAAGCUUGAUUGUGGAGGUGGUUACAUGAAGCUACUCAGUGGUGAAGUUGACCAGAAGAAAUUCGGUGGGGAUACCCCAUACAGCAUUAUGUUUGGUCCUGAUAUCUGUGGCUACAGCACUAAGAAAGUACAUGCCAUUCUUAACCGCAAUGAAACAAAUCACUUGAUCAAGAAAGAUGUCCCUUGUGAGACUGACCAGCUGACUCAUGUUUACACCUUCAUUCUCCGCCCAGAUGCUACAUACAGCAUUCUUAUCGACAACCAGGAGAAACAAACUGGUAGUCUUUACGAUGACUGGGAUCUACUUCCUCCUAAGAAGAUCAAGGACCCUGAGGCUAAAAAGCCGGAGGACUGGGAUGACAAGGAGUACAUUCCUGACCCUGAAGACAAGAAACCAGAGGGUUAUGAUGACAUCCCAAAAGAAAUUCCCGAUGCUGAUGCUAAGAAGCCAGAGGACUGGGAUGAUGAGGAAGAUGGUGAGUGGACUACCCCAACCAUUCCAAACCCUGAGUACAAGGGUCCAUGGAAGGCAAAGAAAAUCAAGAACCCCAACUACAAAGGCAAGUGGAAGGCACCUUUGAUUGACAACCCAGAAUUCAAGGAUGACCCAGAACUCUAUGUUUACCCCAACCUCAGAUAUGUUGGUGUUGAGUUGUGGCAGGUUAAAUCUGGCACACUCUUUGACAAUGUCUUGGUCUCUGAUGACCCUGAGUAUGCAAAACAGUUGGCUGAAGAGACCUGGGGCAAGCAAAAGGAUGCUGAGAAGGCUGCUUUUGAGGAGGCUGAGAAGAAGAGAGAAGAAGAGGAAACCAAGGACAGCCCUGUUGAUUCUGAUGCCGAGGAUGAAGACGAAGCUGAUGCUGACGACUCUGAUGCCGAUGCUGACAAGUCAGAUGACAAGGAUGAAGACAAGCAUGAUGAACUUUGAGGAGCAGAGCAAUAUGAAGUCUUUAGACGAGGAUCUUAAAUUUUUUAAUUCAGGCUCAUUGUUCGCUGGCAUUUUUCUCUUGUCAAAUGUCAACUUUUAGCGUAGGUUUUUGGUAGUAGAUUCAAAUGACACCAAGUUAAAGGCCUAUAUGACAGAUUGGUUUAUCUCAAUUAGGCUGUAUUUGGUGGAUAAUAGCUGAAGGCCAAAAAAAUUUCCAGUUUUUCGUAAUAUAUUAAAAAUUAUAUAGAGAUUCUGGAAUGGUAAAUGAGCUGAGUUAUGUCUAAUUCGUUUCAUCUCUCUUUUA